AUGGAUGGUACUUUGCUUUUAAGCACAUUGUCGGCCCAAUUUCCUGGAGCUUGUGGCUUAAAAUAUCGUAAUGAGAGCACAUGUGCCAUCCGAGGAAUUCGUUUGAACGAUGGACAUCUCUUUCCCCCAGAAGAUGGUUGGCUGGACCGUGUUUAUAAUAUUGUCUUUUCUAAAGAUAACAAGAGAAAAAGUGAGGAUGGCCCUGAUAAUCCUGCAGUUAAAACCAAACGUAUGGACAAAAAAUGCACAGAUUUGAUUGUGUUGGGCUUACCAUGGAAGAGUACUGAAGAUGAUCUACGCCAAUAUUUCUCACAAUUUGGAGAUCUGCUUAUGGUGCAGGUUAAGAAAGAUUUGAAAUCUGGUCAAUCAAAAGGAUUUGGAUUUGUCAGAUUCCAAGACUAUGAAUCCCAACAGAAAUGUCUAAAUCUAAGACACAUGAUUGAUGGCAGAUGGUGUGAUGUGAGAAUUCCAAAUUCUAAGGGAGGUAGCCAACAUCAAGUCAACAGUAAAGUAUUUGUUGGGCGAUGUACAGAAGACAUGACUGAAGAUGAUCUGCUAACUUAUUUCUCAAAAUUUGGAGAAGUCAUUGAUGUCUUCAUCCCCAAGCCAUUCCGGGCCUUUGCAUUUAUCACUUUCUCUGACCCUGAUGUGGCUCAAAGCCUGUGUGGUGAGGAUCACAUUGUGAAGAAUGUGAGUGUUCAUGUGAGCAAUGCACUGCCAAAACCUGUGGAUAAGCACAACAACAGUGGCAACAAUAGUGUCAACUGGGACCGACAAACCACCCACCUGCCCAUCCAUUCACUUUCUCAUAAUGACUCCCCACCUCCCACCUUUUUUUUCUCUCUCUCACUCUCUCUCCCCCCUUCUUCCUUCCUUUUUUGA